GUUUGAUACUGGCAUGGCAGCUUCGUCGUGGCGACUGAUCUGCCGACGGACCGCCUCUCAGUCGUUCGGCCUAUCGACCAAAGGCGGCGGUGCACAGCGAAGCGUCAUCGUCUCUGUCGUCUUGCCGCAGUCGCCAGCGUACUUGGCCGGUCUCGCGAUCGGCGACGAGAUCCUCGCGGCCGAGGGUGCAUGGCACGAGUGCAACAUGGCGCUCCCGCCCCGCCCCGCCAUGGACAGCGCAGAAAUUGUCCGCCUCCUCGAGAAUGAGAAUGCGCGCUGCAUCUCUCUCUACGUGCGCACGCGCUCGAUGUCCAACGCGUUGGCAUGGCACUUGGAACGGCGCUUGGCCCUGGUCACUCACAACCGACGAGGUAUCCCGGCGAACGCCGAGGAGCGCGACGCGUGGCUGUAUGCCAUGACCGAUGCAUGGGACGCCGAACGCCGUAUCCAGGAGGUGAGGCGCUCAAGUCCAUCGUUGCCGUUGGCGUCGCCGACAGACCGGAAGCGUACGAAGAUCGAGCGAUCGGGUACGAGCGCUGUCGCACGUCACCAUGGAGCCGACCAAGCACACGUGCAGCCGAGCUCCUCAACCUCGUUGCGAACCCGACGCGUCGUCUCGAAUCAGUCGAAGCGGGCAGCAACCGCGAGCCCCUCCGACGGCGACGCGCCACCGGAGAACGAGGCAGUGGUCGAGUGGCCGACACAGCUCAAGCGACGCCACCCACCCAACUGCGAGAUCCAUAACCGCGUCGUUGUGGCAGCGCGGCGCAUUUGCAAGGGCGACGAGCUCUACGUGUAGUGUUUGCUGCUAUCUUUGCGUCGUAAUGCGUGGUGUUCUCUGUUCA